AUAACUCAAUCCCUGUACAGACACUAAUGCAGUAUCACAUUCAAUUACUCUGCUUCCGACACCCAACUCUCCAACUAUGACCACUUUUAAUGAAAUCCUGGAAGAGGCAGGGAAUUUUGGUCGUUGCCAAAAGCGUGUAUUUGCUCUGCUGUGUCUGGUAUCAUUGCCUUUUGCUGCUGUCUUUGUGGGCAUCGUUUUCCAGGGGUUCACCCCAGAGCAUUGGUGCCGGGACUCGGGGGUGAGCGAGAUGCGGCAAAGCUGUGGCUGGAACCUGAUGGACACUAGAGAGAUCACUAUCCCUCUGGUCAACACCUCAGGAGUGUUAGUCCACAGCCGAUGUGAGCAGUACGACCUGGACUGGAACGCUACCGGUCUGACGUGUGACCACCCAGGGAUUCACUUUGCUGACACCCAACAGAGCAAAGCUCCCGUUACCUCAUGCAAGGAAGGCUGGGAGUAUGACUAUGAGGGCAGGCGGUCUUUUGUGACUGAGUUUGACCUGGUGUGUGAUCAUGCAUGGGUGGUGGACAUGUUCCAGGCUACACUCAAUGUGGGCUUCCUGGUUGGAAGCAUAACUUUUGGAUACCUGGCUGACAGGUUCGGCCGAAAAGUGAGCUUCUUGGUGUCCAACUUAUUGAAUGGAGUUUCUGGAAUACUUGUAGCGGUGGCUCCAAACUAUACAUCCAUGCUUGUAUUUCGUACAGUCUUUGGAUUUGCUGUGAAGGGUGGCUGGAUGUCUGGAUAUGUGCUUAUCAAUGAAAUAGUCGGAGUAAAGUAUCGGAGGAUGGUAGGUGUUGUUCUACAGAUGUUCUUCAGUGUUGGCAUUCUCAUCCUGACCCUCAUUGCCUACAUUAUCACUGACUGGCGUUGGCUGCAGGUGACCUUCACCGUGCCUUACUUCCUAUUUCUGACCUAUUUCUGGCUGAUCCCAGAGUCUCCAAGAUGGCUUCUCUCCCAGAACAACACAACUAAAGCUAGGAAGAUCACUGAGGCAAUAGCAAAGGAAAAUAAGAGAACCCUCUCAAACAACAUUGAGACCCUGAGAGAUGACAAUGCAGAGACGUCAUCUGCCUCUUUCCUGGAUCUGUUCAGAACACCAAACAUGAGAAAACACACCUUUAUCCUCAUGUUUAACUGGUUUACUAGUGCAGUUGUGUACCAGGGUCUUAUAAUGCGUCUAGGAAUCCUGGGAGGAAAUGUGUACAUUGAUUUCCUGAUCUCUGGGCUGGUGGAGUUCCCUGCCGCCUUCCUAAUCCUCCUCACCAUUGAUCGUAUUGGACGUCGUCUUCCCUUUGCCACAGCUAACAUUGUAGCAGGAGCAUCCUGCAUUAUCACUGCCAUGAUACCUGAGAGCAUGUUCUGGUUCAAAACAGCCGUAGCCUGCAUCGGCCGGUUGGGCAUUACAAUGACUUUCGAAAUGGUGGUGUUUGUGAACACCGAAUUGUACCCUACAUUUGUCAGGAACCUGGGUGUGUCGGUAUGUUCAACUCUGUGUGACAUCGGUGGCAUCGUGGCCCCAUUCCUUCUCUACAGACUGGCUGCCAUCUGGUUGGAGCUGCCACUCAUCAUCUUCGGGGUCCUUGCAUUUGUGGCUGGAGCAUUGGUCUUGUUAUUGCCUGAAACCAGAGGUGUGCCCCUUCCUGAGACGAUCGAUGACAUUGAGUUUCCAGAAAAAUGCAAAGAUAAUGCUCUGAGGAUUAUGGAGCUGAAGAGGAAACAGGCAGUAAACCUCUUGCCCACCAAUAGUGACGUGACAACCAACAAAGACCCUGAAAUGGAACCUGGGUGUGUCGGUGUGCUCUAGCCUGUGUGACAUCGGAGGCAUCGUGGCCCCAUUCCUUCUCUGGUUGGAGCUGCCACUCAUCAUCUUCGGUACAGGAUCAGAUUUUUUUCCCCACCUGUUAUAUAUGUGUAUACACCUGACCUUAUUGCUGUCUUUAACCUUAUGUGUUCAUAUGUUGUGUUGUACCACACAG